AUGGUAGCACAGGUUCGAGUCUGCGAGAAGACGGUAGAGAACUCGAGUGCCCAGAUCAUUCGAGUCGUGUACUAUCUGAUAACGAAAUGCGCGCCAUUGUUCUUGUUACUCUUGUUGCUCUGGUCGCUGUGGCCUCCGCCCAAGGACCUGGUGGACGAUGGGGUCCACGUGGCCCUGGAGGCCCAGGAGGACCAGGAGAGCGAGGACGCGGUCCCGGAGGACCAGGUGGUCCAGGAGGUCCAGGGCGUGGCCCCGGAGGACCAGGUGGCCCAGGGCGCGGACCAGGAGGGCCUGGAGGACCAGGUGGUCCUGGAGGACCAGGAGGUCAUGGAGGACCAGGAGGCCCUGGACCAUGGGGACCACCAUGCAAUCAAACCACCACUAGCACCACUGAGGCCUCUACAAGCACUUCCUCCACAACAGCUUCCACCACGACAGCUUCCUCCACCACGGCGUCUUCUACUGAGUCCUCAACCGAAUCCUCCACAGAAUCCUCCACAGCUUCCUCCACGGCAUAAGUCGCGUUGUUCAGUCAAUUUUGAAAAUAUUAAAGAACGAUUCUGUGCAUAA